AUGACCACCAUCUCUAUUGCCAGUACUUCUGAUGUCCAGAGCUCUCAUCCUCCAGCAGACAAGUAUCGCGGGGCGGUCGUGGAGGACAUGCAAUUGCCUCCCGCAUUCGCUCUUCCUUCAGGUGAAGCCAUUUCUCGGGCAAUAGAGCUGGCGUACGAGCGUGACUUCUCCCACAUUCCUGUCCUUGAUCAGAAGCGCAAGCCUCUGGGAUACCUGGAUGUGGCGGCGCUGAAGGAGAAAUGGGAAUCAGGAGAGGCAAGCCCUAACGACAAGGUGAUCCGAUACAUGACAAAGUUCAAUCGGUCGUCGUCGUAUCCGUAUACUCUCAUAACGCCCUCGACGCCUCUCGCUGAUCUCGAAGGUUUCUUACGACAGAAUAUCUUUGCGUUGGUGACAGACUGGGAUCGGAAGUUUGUUCUCGCUGUCGCGACGUCGCAGGACCUGCAGGAUUUUGUCAAUCGUCGUGGCUUCUAG